GGAGUCGAAGACGCGCCGACGCGCUUCGUCCAAUGUUCGGAUUCGAUAAAAGAUCGGGAUUAGUACUAAACGAAACAUGGGCGGCUGCUGCGCCCCAGGAUGCAGGAACACUACUGUUGUUGGAUCGCGAGGAUUGCGGAUGUUUAAGCUACCAAAAUGUCCCAAGAGGAGGAAGGAGUGGGUAGAGAAAAUCAACCGCGGCGCGGACUGGAUCCCCCCUAAGCACGCUUACCUCUGCGAGGCCCAUUUCGAAGAAUCCAUGUAUCUACGUAGAAUAUUCGAUGGCUGGACGAGGCUAAAGACCACUGCAGUACCAACAAUCUUUCAACACAAUGGACGCCAACAUAAGAAGGAAGCCGCACCUUGUUUCCCCAAAGAAACUGCCAUCCUGCCAGAUGAAGGCCUGACCUUGAGGUUGCAGGACACAAGCCACGAGAAAAACAAUGGUGCAUGCAGAAAUUUCACCAAAAGCAUAUUGAAACCUGUUGAAGCCCGUCCGCAGACCUUUGCGACCAAGGUUCCACCGGGUAGCAGCGCCUCUUUGAGGAGCUUGCUGCGCUUCAGGAAGGACGGGGAUGCUGCUACGCAGGCCCGUCCGCAGACCUUUGCGACCAUGGUUCCACCUGGUAGCAACGCCUCUUUGAGGAGCUUGCUGCGCUUCAGGAAGGACGGGGACGCUGCUACGCAGGCCUGUCCGCAGACCUUUGCGACCAAGGUUCCACCGAGUAGCAACACUUCUCUAAGGAGCCUGCUGCGCUCAAGGAAGAACGGGGAUGCUGCUACGCAGACGGACCUACCCUCUACAAUGAGGGACAAAGCAACAGCAACAUCAUCAUCCCGGAGGGAUACAGGAACUGAUCCCAUGGAUAUCUGACCGUUGGAAGACUGUGCAUCUCCUCAAAGACACGACUGUUGUGGUGCUGUGCUCAGAUGGUGCUAAAGGAACAUUGCUGGCACCCCCAUAUCACUCACCACCUUGGUACUCUACAAGAACUGUGUGUGUGUUUUCCAGUGCGGACUUUUAGGUUCAUGGUAACAACGAAGCAAUGGCUGUGGUUUUAUUGCAUGCAUAUGUUGGCCAGACCAUGUACGAAAGCAGUUGGAACGGAAUUUCAAUAUCACCACGAAUUCUGGCUCGUA